AUGUCCCCAUGCUUUGACGAGGGCCGUUGCCGCUGCAACAACAUUACAGCCGACUGUUCCUCGAAUAACGGCUCUCUGACCUACGUGCCUCGUCUUCCUAUCGACGUCCAGGUCUUCAACUUCUCCAGCAACAACCUGUCUCACAUUCCUGACGAAUUUUUCUCCAACGUGUCGCAAGUGUGGCUGCUGGAUCUCUGUCAAAACGGCUUAACAUCUCUAUCUCCGAGGGCUUUUCAAGAACUGCAAAACCUGACCACUUUGUUGCUGAACGGCGAAUCAUUUUUCCCCAACCUAAAACUACUGCUGCUGCAGAAUAACAUGAUUUCUUCAAUAAAGGAUCCUGUCUGUCUUCCGAAUUUGGCGAACCUCUCUCUCUCAUUUAACAAAUUCCUCACUUUUGAAAGCAAUACGUUUGGAAAUGCACGCUUUCCACGUCUUGAAUACCUUGCACUGAUUGAAAUGGAAGAUAAAAUAGUUGGCAUCGAAAGAUUCGCCUUUAACAAUUCUCAGCUGAAGUUCCUGGGUCUUGCCUUAAACUACAUCAACUUGUCUUCUCAGACAGUUCUCCAUGACGACGCUUUUGGUGGAUGUACCGGCAUCACAGCAUUCUAUUUCGAUUACUGUGUAUUUAAGGCAGCCUGUCUCUUGGGUCAAGCAGCAGCAUCCUUUACCAUUGCUGUCAUCAUCAUCGUGCUCGUCGUGUUCAUCAUCUCUGUCACCUGUUUCCGCUAUCGCUGGCAUCUCCGCUUGGUGAUGUACGAGUGGUUUCAUCAUAGAGGUCUACAGGAGGGACAACUCCGUCACUUCACUUACGACGUCUUCGUAGGCUACGCUGAGGAGGACAGGAAGUGGGUGAUGCAGGAGUUACUGCCCGUCGUGGAGGGUCAGUGGAACCUUCGCGCAUGCGUGCACGAGCGCGACUUCAUUCCCGGCAAGCACAUCGUGGACAACAUCGCUGACUGCGUGCAGGACAGUCGCAAGAUUCUGAUGGUUUUCUCUCCUGAUUAUGCUCGCAGCGAGUGGUGUCAGUUCGAGCUGAAGUACUGUCAGUGCUGUGUGAUGGACCGUGACGAGGUGUUGGUGCUGGUGUUACUGCACGAGACGGAGUCACGUGACAUGACCAGCGCCAUGUUUGCAGUGAUGAAGACGACGACGUACAUUGAGUGGGCGAACACUGUUGACGCUCGUGACUCCUUUUGGGGUCGACUGUCUCGGGCAUUGGACUGCGUGAUCAGCUAUUAA